CUCGGGCCUUUCUUCCGCCCGCACCAGCGGAUUAAAUUGCGAAACCAUUUUGAGAGCGCGCUGCUCGUAAUCUGUUUAUUUCUACACAAAUUGGGAGGAAUCAGACUUUAACAGCCGUCAACAUGCUUACCAUGGUCCGCAAACAGCUCAGACACCACCCGGCUUUGAUCCCCCUUUUCGCCUUCAUCGGUGGAGGAGUAGCCAUGUCCGUCUUGUACCUCGGACGCCUGGCCUUGAAAAACCCUGAUGUCUGCUGGGAUCGCAAGAACAACCCAGAGCCCUGGAACAAGUUGGGCCCAACUGAUCAGUACAAGUUUUUCACAGUUAACAUGGACUACAGCAAACUGAAGAAAGAGGGCCCUGAUUUCUAAAGAGCACAUCUGCUGGACCAAAAGCAUUAGAUGAGCUGAUCCGCACAGAGCUGUUUGAACUUCCUCCAUGAAAAUGAGGGAUGCAGAGGCUAAACCCGCACAAUGAUUUAUAUUUUAAGUCUUCUCAUUGCAUCCUGUCUUGUUUCUCAUUUUCAUUUGUUGUCAAUAAAGUGAAGGAGUCUUAAGAGUCUCCUCCGUACAGAGAAAAUA